UGUCUGUAGUCAGCCUGCGGUAACCCAGCCUCUCCGGACUCACCGCCGUACGCGCUCGGACUACUGAUAAUCCGCUGAACGAAUAUCGCCAGUCAAGUCCUUUUGCAAAUCGUGUUCCGUUCAAUUUAUUUGUGGGAUCACAGCAAGGAGUCACGAACAGCGUCUUAAAUGACAACCAUGGAAAGUGCUUGUAUCUUCAUUGAACUCUCUGGAAGUUUGCGGAUUUUCAUCUCCAAGUAAAUGGAUUAUAAAUGAAUUUAUUAUUUGGAAGCUGAUAGGAAACCUCGGUCAUAGUGAUAUGUGCGCCUCGUUGAGGGUAUGCAAGCGGAAUGCACUGGCGUGAAUGCGUUUAUUCAUUGCUGCAUGCCAGUUUUAAAACCUUCUGACAUUAACUGUGGAUUUGUAACACCUUGCAUUUGAGUUGAAUACACGCUGCAUUUUGGCGACCUGACUAACUGCAUGACAUCACUGAGAAUAACGUUGCAUUCUGGCAUUCAAAACCAGUUGUGAAAACAGCAUAGAUACAUUUAGACAUAAAGAGACUGUUUUUUUUUUAUCUCCAAUUAAUCGAAAUUUUAAUUGAAAUUCUCUUCCCAGAUUACAAUUCUAAAAACGUUUUCCAAACAUUCGUUUUUGGUUGUGAGAACGUCAAAAUAUCCAUGUUUCGUAUUCAGCUUAACAUUCCUGAAAACAUUCUCUCAACUUAAUUUGUAUUAGUCUAACUAACCAGCGUUAGCAUAACUCUCCCGGAGUCCUUCUUUCAAUUUAAUUUGUGUAACAAACUGACAUUAGCUUAACUCUCCUGGAGUUGUUCUCUCAACUUCAUUUGUACUAGCCUAACAAAUUGGCGUUAGCAUAACACUCCUGGAAACCUCCUUUCAACUUAAUUUGUAUUAGUCUAACAAAUUGGCGUUAGCAUAAUUCCUGGAGUUGUUCUCUCAUCUUAAUGUAUUAGUCUAACAAACUGGCGUUAGCAACUCUCCUGGAGUCGUUCUCUCUUAAUUUGUAUAACAAACUGAAGUUAGCAUAACUCUCCUGGAAACGUUCUCUCAAUUUGUAGGCAACAAAUUAACAUAGCUUAACUCUCGUGGAAACGUUCUCAAAUUUGUAUUAAAAACUUGAAAUUUCAGAACAUUGUCAAGUCUAAACCGUUGUUUAUUUGACGUAGGACUAAGAACAUUGUGGGAACUUCGCUAUCAGCUCAAACAUCAAACAGCCAAGAACGUUUAUACUAAACGUUUGUCCUUUAAAAUACUAAUAACAUCAUAAGAACGUCUGUUCCUAACAUUGCCUUUACUAAGGUAUAAACAUUUCGAUUUGAACAAAGAGGGAACUACAGGUCAUGGGAGAGGCGGCUCCGACCCAAGCCACCCCAAGUGGAUUUGCACCCAUGUUAGGCGUCGGGAUGGGAGGAUCAAUCACGCCAAUCGCCACUUCAAGAGGACCAGUCGUCCCGCAACUCCACAGCGCUAUAGUUGAACGCUUGCGUGCCAGAAUAGAGGUGUGCCGACGGCAUCACUCCACCUGCGAGAGCCGCUAUCAGCGCGGCCAGGCGGAAAACUCGGACCGGGAACAUGAGAGCACACUCCAUCUCUUAAACAUCGUCCAUCAGGGCCCUGGGAACAGAAAAACCAAGGGCAAUAGAUCGGGCUCCCAGCAGCCUCCUGAAUACAACCGUGUGAAUGGGGAACAUAAAGUCAACAGUUCGUCGGAGACAGAAUCCAAAAUUUCUUCGCAGAUAGCACAGGGGCUGAGGAGAAAGAUUGAAGCACAAUCUCCUGGAUGCAAUCCCAAGCAGAAUGGACUCUCUUCUGGGGUCUCAGUAUCCAACUUCAAGCGCCUGCGUAUGGAACCCAACCCAUUUCGACCUGGUUCCUGUGCUAUGGCUUCAGGGCAGUCUCAAAGCUUGGUUGGUAAUGCUGACCAGUGUAAUCUGCUUAGAAGGAAGGACACUUUCAUGAUGCCCCAUGGAGUUAGCAGCGAUAUCUUCAACAUUACUUUGAGGGAUAUGAAAAAAGAGCCAACUGAGGUUCAGACCUGUGGCCAGUCAUCGACAGAUCCAGCCAUGUUGACAUUUGACUUCAAAGAGGAAGGAAAUGGACAGAUCGACCCAGAGCUCCAGGACUUGUUUGAUGAACUCACCAAGUCAGUGCCAUCACUCAAUGAUCUAGAGCUGGAAAAGAUGCUAAAGAUGCAUGAAGACUUUGGUCUGGAUCUGGGCCGACCCAGUUCAGCUGGUGCAGCUCCUCCUUGUAUUCACCUAGAUAAGCCAAUCAAGACAGAGUACUCACCAGAUUUUUGCCAGAUGGCUGGAGGAUCUGCACAGUUAAGAUCGUCCUCUGCUGGACCUUCUUUCUCCAUAGCCAACACAUCUUUAUACACCUCACCAAUCUCUUCAGGUCAGAUGAUUCAUGGUCAGGUACCUACUGGGGGUUCAUCUAGAGGCCUUCCAGCAUGGCCUGAGAUGUCACAUGCUGAGCAGCUGAAGCAAAUGGCUGCUAAUCAACAACAGCCCAACUCUAUGCUUCAUACCCACCAACAUAGUCAAGCAGAAGGGGUGAGAAACUGGUCUUCAGCAUUGGGUGUUCAUCAAACACCUACUAAUUUCAAUCAGGAGACCAUUCCCAAUAAUGCAUCCCUUUCUCAGCAGAGAAUCAACUCUCAGAGUACUGGUCAGGCCAAAGGCAUACCCAACUGCUUUCUCAAGCCGAAUGGAGUCAACCCCUCCCAUCACAUCGACUCAAAGGUUCUCGGCAGUAAGCCACUGCUACAUUUCAGCCCUAAAGCACCACCUUCUACCACAGGCCAACAAAUGCCCCUUAUGGCUGUUACACCAAACAAAGCAACCAUGCAACAGAAGCUGACAUCUACAGCAGGCCAAGCCAUGCUCUUUCAGAACUGCCAGCUGCCCAUUCAGCCUUCACCCUGCCUACAAGUUAAGCCCCUAAGUCAAAGGCCUCAACUCAGUCAGCAUGGUGCGGGAAUCGGUUUCAAACUGGCACAGCAGAGACAGGGUAUUUUACCAGGACCUCGUUUACCACCGAAUGGUCGACCUGUGGAUAUAACUGGGCAGGUCCAACAACAGAGGUCAGCUGUUCUCAAUUCACUGAAAAACCCAGGCCAGGACCAGAACAUUCAGAGACAACUGGGCCAGUCACAACACAGCAUCACUGAUACAGAGAAACUGAACACACAAGAUCAGUUUAAUCGUCAUCUCACAAGACCUCCACCAGACUACAAACAACCACGCAAUGGAGUUGGAGCUCAGCAGCCAAGCUUAUACUCAGGCAAUGGGUCAGACCAAAAUGACAUCCAACCCAUGUCAUGCCACCUGCCAAAUGGACAGGCUACCAAGAUGGUGUCAAACUCAGGAGAGCGAAGGUUUCCCCUUGGACAAGACCCUAAUCCAGGACCCACACGGGCUCAAGCAUGCGCAAGCCAGCUACAACAGCAACCCAACAGCCUGAUCCGAAUGGGACUUCAGCAAAAUAAGACUCAGUUCCAUGGGACAAACAACCAGGGUGCCAAUUUCCAAUCAAGCACUCAGCAUUCCAUGACAGGUGUCAGUCAAGAUGCCAUGCUGGGUCAAAGACUGGGUGAUAGGACUUCUAAAAACAACAGGAUGGACACUGCUUUGAGCUGGGCAACUAAUGCCAAGCAGGGCGAGGUGCUAUCAGGGCUAGAUAUCAAAAGGCUCCCCAAUGUAGUAGCACCCCACAGUGACAGUCAUUUCCCACCAAGCCCUAUUUGUCCACCCAGCCAGGUGGCGCCCCACUCUAGCCUGCUGCCAAAUAACACUGCAAUAAGAGGUUCUGCUCCCAGAUCUAGCCAGGCCAGAAUACCCCCACAACCCGGGGUGACUUGCCUGAAUCAGUCCUCUGCUGAACAGCAAGGAUGCCCGACCACAUUUGCAGGGAUGAUCCAAAGCCCAGCAACCUAUCAGAACAACCGGGCAGGGCGGCUGACCUUUGACUUCCUACAGGAGGAUGAUAAUACGGUACCCGGGAUCAAUGCAGACUCCGAUUUUAUCGACUCCCUGCUAAAAUCAGGUUCAGGCAAUGAUGAUUGGAUGAAAGACAUUAAUCUGGAGGAAAUUCUUGGUGGUCAUUCAUAAACAGACUCAAAGCGUGAGAAUUUUGUCACAGAAUUUUGCUAGAAUCCGGAAGUGAUGGGCCCUUUAGAAUAUUUUAUUACCUUUGUAUUUGUGUGGAAAACACAACUAUAUUACUAUAUUGUUGGGUUGGUUUUUCAUAUCAUUUACUAACAUAUUGUAAAGUUUCAUGUUCAUGGGGUCUUAAAGGGAUCACCAAAAAAUGAAAAUUCUCUCAUCAUUUACUUGCUAUCAUGACAACCCAGAUGUGUAUGGCUUUCUUUCUUCUGCUGAACACAAACAAUGAUUUUUAGAAGAAUAUUUCAGCUCUGUAGGUCCAUACAAUGCAAGUGAAUGGGUACCAAAAUUUACGUUUCAAAAUGCACAUAAAGGUAAUAAAAUUAAUCCAUAGGAUUUAUGCCACAAAAUAAGGUAGAAACAUCACAGUCUGUGAAAAAGUUAUAUUCUCUGAUAUAUGAAUGUUUUUUCUUCAGGAUCAUGGUAGUGUACUUUUUCACCUGGAAUUCUGCCGUUAAACAUUUUUAUUUUUGUUGUUUUGAUGAAGUUUAAAUAACGCAGACUGAUGGGUUUAACAAAAGCAAAUACCAUUGAUUAACAACUCACUUUAGGUCCGUCUUUAAGGUUUAUUCGUUAUUGUUAAAAAUCAAUUUGUCUAUGGAGAAAAUGAAUGGGAUUUUUACUUCUAGAACCAGACUUACGCUCUAUACUGUUCCACAUAACAUGGAAAAUUCAGAUCUGUUUUGACUAUUCACUCUUAAAUGACACAUCAAUGGAAAAUAAAAAAAGAGCCGUUUUUGUUUUUAAAAGAGCCGUUGUAAUAAAAAAUAUUUUCAUUUUGUAAUACGUUUAAAAUAAUAAAAUCUGUUAAAGGAACUACUGUGUACUUAGUUAGAAUACUAAAAUAUAUUGAAUAUAAAUACAACAUUUUUAAAGGCACAGUAAGUUAAAAGGUCUUAUUUGUAAUAUUCUAUUUAUGCAUCUGUACAUUUAUCCAUCAGUAUAUGAAAUGUGUUUUCUAUUUCUUUUCCAUAAUU